UUCCCAUAGUUCCCAUAGUUCAGCAUACGGGUUUGGCAGGCUCUACACUCUGCGGGAGUGAAGUGAACAUCCUGAGCACAGAAGCGGAGCAAGUUCAGCAGAAAGUGAGAGGACAGUGAACUAUGGGCCACCGUACUGAUGAGCUAUCAAGCAGCGCUGGAUUUUUCUCACUCAACCAGCGCUAUGGAAGCAUCUCUGUUUAAUUCCGGUUAAGUAACCCUGAAGACGUUGAGCCAAUAAAGGAAUGGCAAUUUCUAAGAAUGGCUUGACCAUCUUUGCCCUUCUUGUGACAUUUGUUUUUCUUGAAACAUGGGACUUCAAUGAAUUUCCAUGUCUGGUUUCACAGGAAGUUGUCGAAGAAGAAGACUUUCUACCUCACACCCGAGAGAGAAGAAAUGUGCCUGCAGGCCAGUGGAAUUACAUUAUUGACAUUGUUGUGAAUGCCUCUAAUGCGGAAGCUUUAGAGCAGAUCCGCGCUUCCUUGAAUGCUACUGAUCUUCCCAUACAACUUGAUAGCCACACGGAGAUCUCUGAUGUUAGCAUCACGACGGUGUGUUACUCAACUGGCACUGGCUUCCAGUGUAGAUGUGAGGAACAGUUUGCUUGGCCAUAUAGCACCUGUGUCACAUAUGGAGCCUGUGAUCAAACAUGGAGCGGAAUCUGUAAAUGCAUCAAUGCCAUUCCAGCUGGCAACCAGUCCUGUCAGCCAAUAUCAGGGCUGCUAACUCGGUACGAGUACGAAGUGGAGGUGGAGCUGAAUGUGACAGAUGUUGGGACAGUGGACUACCUCAGGAGCCUUCUUAACAAUAACAGCUUCUCCCUGGCUCUGGGGCCCGUUGUGAAUGUCACAGACAUUGACAUCACCACAGUGUGUUACCCGAAUGGCACCAACUUCCAGUGCAGAUGUGAGGAUCAGAAUGUUUGGUCAUAUAGGGACUGUCUUACAUAUGGAGCCUGUGAUGAGAUCACCAGUGACACAUGCCGCUGUAUCAACAGUAUUCCAUCCAGUGGGCGGUACUGCCAGCCAAAUACAGUUGUCCAGCUGUAUGAAUACAUAGUUGAAGUGGAAAUCCAUGUCAGUGAUGAUGCACAGAUCGUACAAUUAAGGCACGCUUUGGAGAACAUCAGUUUUCCUGUUAGACUCAGCAACACUGUCAACAUCACACAAAUUGACAUAAUAUUUACUGUGACCCCAGUUACGUAUGAAUACCAGAUUUACAUUGAGAUGAACACGACAGAUGCAGACCAGCUGAGAAACACCCUGAAAAAUAUGACCUUCCCGGUCCAAAUCGGCACGCAAAUAAACAUCUCAGAUGUCGAUAUGAUUAACGUUUGCAGCCAAGAUGGCGCGGGUUUCCAGUGUCGGUGUGAGGAUGACUACCUUUGGCCUUGUGACACGUGUUCCACCUAUGGGAAAUGUGAUGGAGAUACAAACAACACAUGCAGUUGUGUCAAAGCUAUUCCCACGAAUGGACAAUACUGUCAGUCAAUACACAAUCAAAACCUCACAGUAUGUCCUCUGACAACACCAGCUCCUCCAGCUGUUUACAAGUACCUAAUUUCUGUUGAGUUGAACGUCUCAGUUGUUGGACUCAUCGAUCAACUGAGGACCAUUCUGAGCAACAUCAGUUACCCCAUCAGCAUCGGCAACCACAUACAAAUCUCUCAUGUCAACAUGUCCACAGUUUGUUACCCCAACAGUUCAACAUACCAGUGCAGAUGUGAGGAGCAGUUCCGUUGGCCUUGUCAUAUGUGCUCCACUUUUGGCAAAUGCAAUGAUACAUUUGAUAAUAGCUGUGGAUGCAUCAAUGCCAUUCCUCCUGAUGGGCAGUAUUGCCAGUCUGUUGACCAAUACAACCUUACAUCUUGUCCUGUUACAACACCCACUCCAUCAGCAACAAACUUGACAUCUUGUCCUAUUACAACUCCAUCACCAACAACUUCUCCAGUCAUCUAUGAAUAUGUUAUUUCAAUUGAGCUGAACACCACAGAUGUUGCAGUGAUGGACAGACUGAGAAACAUCAGCUACCCAGUCGGUAUUGGAAAUGACAUACAAGUCCUUCACAUUAACAUUUCUACAGUUUGCUAUCCAAGCAGCGGUGGUUACCAGUGCAGAUGUGAGGAUCAGUAUCGUUGGUCAUGUGACCAGUGUUUAACAUAUGGAUCCUGUGACAACAUCAUGUAUGACACAUGUGGAUGCAUCAGUGCCAUUCCUCCAGAUGGACAGUAUUGCCAGCCUGUUGACCACCACAACUUUACAGCUUGUCCUCCUAGAACAACUUCAGCAACAAAUUCAACACUUGAUGCUACUACAGAUGCAAACACUACAAAAGCUUCAACAACAAUAACAAUUGUAACAAAUUCAACACCUGCUACAGCAAUUGCAACGACACCAUCAGUUGCAACAAAUUCAACUGCUGCUACAACAGAGUGGAACACCACAGCAAUUGGAACAACACCAACGGUUGUAACAAAUUCAACACCUAUUGCCACGACACAUAUGAACACUACCGCAGCUGCAACAUCAACUGUAACAAAUUCAACACCUACUACAACUGAGUGGAACACCACAGCAAUUGGAACAACAGCAACAGUUGUAUCAAAUUCAACACCUAUUGCCACGACACAAAUGAACACUACCGCAGCUGCAACAUCAACUGUAACAAAUUCAACCCCUGCUACAAUGGAUAGGAACACCACAGCAAUUGGAACAACACAAACAGUUGUAACAAAUUCAACUCCUUCUACAACGGAUAGGAACAACACCGCAAUUGGAACAACACCAACAGUAGUAACAAAUUCAACACCUAUUGCCACAACACAUAUGAACACUACCACAGCUGCAACAGCAACUGUAACAAAUUCAACACCUGCUACAACGGAGUGGAACACCACAGCAAUUGGAACAACACCAACAGUUGUAACCAAUUCAACACCUAUUGCCACAACACAUAUGAACACUACCACAGCUGCAACAGCAACUGUAACAAAUUCAACACCUGCUACAACGGAGUGGAACACCACAGCAAUUGGAACAACACCAACAGUUGUAACAAAUUCAACACCUAUUUCCACAACACAUAUGAACACUACCGCAGCUGCAACAGCAACUGUAACAAAUUCAACACCUGCUACAACGGAGUGGAACACCACAGCAAUUGGAACAUCACCAACAGUUGUAACAAAUUCAACACCUACUGCCACAACACAUAUGAACACUACCACAGCUGCAACAGCAACUGUAACAAAUUCAACACCUGCUACAACAGAGCGGAACACCACAGCAAUUGGAACAACACCAACAGUUGUAACAAAUUCAACACCUAUUGCCACAACAGAUAUGAACACUACCACAGCUGCAACCGUAACAAAUUCAACACCUGCAACAACGGAGUGGAACACCACAGCAAUUGGAACAACACCAACAGUUGUAACAAAUUCAACACCUACUGCCACAACACAUAUGAACACUACCACAGCUGCAACAGCAACUGUAACAAAUUCAACACCUGCUACAACAGAGCGGAACACCACAGCAAUUGGAACAACACCAACAGUUGUAACAAAUUCAACACCUAUUGCCACAACAGAUAUGAACACUACCACAGCUGCAACAGCAACUGUAACAAAUUCAACACCUGCUACAACGGAGUGGAACACCACAGCAAUUGGAACAACACCAACAGUUGUAACAAAUUCAACACCUACUGCCACAACACAUAUGAACACUACCACAGCUGCAACAGCAACUGUAACAAAUUCAACACCUGCUACAACAGAGCGGAACACCACAGCAAUUGGAACAACACCAACAGUUGUAACAAAUUCAACACCUACUGCCACAACACAUAUGAACACUACCACAGCUGCAACAGCAACUGUAACAAAUUCAACACCUGCUACAACAGAGCGGAACACCACAGCAAUUGGAACAACACCAACAGUUGUAACAAAUUCAACACCUAUUGCCACAACAGAUAUGAACACUACCACAGCUGCAACAGCAACUGUAACAAAUUCAACACCUGCUACAACGGAGUGGAACACCACAGCAAUUGGAACAACACCAACAGUUGUAACAAAUUCAACACCUACUGCCACAACACAUAUGAACACUACCACAGCUGCAACAGCAACUGUAACAAAUUCAACACCUGCUACAACAGAGCGGAACACCACAGCAAUUGGAACAACACCAACAGUUGUAACAAAUUCAACACCUAUUGCCACAACACAUAUGAACACUACCACAGCUGCAACAGCAACUGUAACAAAUUCAACACCUGCAACAACGGAGUGGAACACCACAGCAAUUGGAACAACACCAACAGUUGUAACAAAUUCAACACCAACUGCCACAACACAUAUGAACACUACCACACAUGCAACAGCAACUGUAACAAUUUCAACACCUGUUGCUACAACAGAUAGGAACACUACCACAACUUUAACAACAAUAAGAAGUUCAUCAACAGUUGCUACAACAGUUGUCACAACUACUAAUGUGACCAGCCAAAAUACCACAAUUGGCUCAACAAUAUUAGAAGUUCCAUCCACAGGCCUUAUAUCAACUACUAGUAACACUGCUGCUACCCAUGUCCCCAACACGCCGGUAACCACAUUUAAUACCACUACCCCAACCACGACCACUACCACGGCUGCUACCACUACCCCCACCACGACCACUACUACAAGUACUACCAUUACCCCAUCCAAGAUCACUAGCACGGCUGCUACUGCUUCCGCUACCACUACCUUCACCACGACCAAUACUACAAUAACUACCAGUCCCACGGCUGCUACCAUUAUCCACACCAACACUAGUGCCACAACUACAACUAUUACCCAAACAUCUACAGUUUUCAGUGUGGAAAUGCUAAUGAGAUUAGACAAGGAAUACACAACAGAAUUGAAUAAUCCAUCGAGUGCUGUGUUCAAGAAUUUUAAAUCACAGAUUGAUUCAGUGUUACACGAGCAGUAUAAAGGAAUCCCAGGAUAUAUCAGUGGUUUUGUGACAAGAUUCAGUGAAGGAAGCGUAAUUACAGACUUUGUUGUUCAGACAACAUACGUUGACUUUGAUAAACUGGCCGAAGAAAACGAAAAACUCCCAGAAACAAUACAACCUGUUGCUCCUGUCAUUGGUUCAGUUUCUGCAUUUUACAAGAGUCCAACUUCAAUCACAAUUCCGGACCUCACUUACACCGGUAACACCAUGUUCCUGAGGUGUGAGCCUCCAGAAAACUUUGAUCUGGGACUAAUUUCUAGUUCCAGGUGGAAAUUUAAAGGACGGGAAAUUAAAGAUGGUGAAAGGAUUGAAAUAACUACAUCUAACAAUCAGUCUAUGCUUAAAGUUAUCAACAUCAUUCCUGCAGAUAGAGGACUUUACAGUUGUACUCUGAGAAACAAAGCAAUGAAUUUCAACCAAGAAGGAUUUGUAACGGAAACUCAAAUCAUACAAGCACCUGUUGUGCGACUACAGGGUGAAGUUAAUGUAAGAUGCCAAAAUGGACAGAUACAACCUCUUAAGUGUUGCGUGCAGCGCCCCUACACAGUCAAGUGGUUUCAAGGCAUAGUCCCGUUAAACUCGGUUCCUGUUACAGAAGGAAAAGCCAACUGCAUCAAGCAUGAUUAUAAACUAGAAAACUGCAUCAGAUCGCAAGAAGAUAAGAUAACUUUUAUAUGUAGGGUAGAUAACCCAUCAAGUUAUGAAAUGAAAAUGACGAUGACCAUUUUCAGAGACAAAUCAAAAUGCGAUGAUGCUCAGUAUGGGACUGGGCGAGUUGGUGACAGAUCAAGCAUAGGGUGUGAUGAAGGUCAAGAGGGGAGCAAGACUGCGAUAUGUCAGGAAACAGGAGAGUGGAAACUUGAGGUGGACACCUGCAUUGUAACACAAAUCAAGGAAUUACUCAUUGAUUCACAGGAUUUGGUUGUUGAGGAAGUGCCACAAUUUGUAUUGAAUCUAAGUACAGUUGUCCAGCAAGAAAAAACUGAAAUUGCAAAUUCAUCUGCAACCAUAUCAGCCAUUGUUGACAUUCUAAACACUAUUGCAAAUGUUUCGACUGCUGUUAAUAAAACAGUAAUGCAGAAUGUACUAGAGACUAUUGAUGUCCUCAUUAGUGAAGAUGCAAGAGACUCCUGGCUAAUUCUGAAUGCAAAUGAUUCCCGCAAUACCAGCUCAGCAUUAUUGGGUUCAAUGGAGACUCUUUCCAGUGACUUGGAUGGAGAGUUUGCCAUUGCAACUCAACGGAUCCUGCUCAACAGAACCACAUUUAACAACAACUUCAUGGCAGACCUGAACUCCAGCGUCGUCAUAGACAUUCCCAACACCAGCAUGAGCAACAUUUUUAUAACUACCAUCCUCCUAUCCACCCUAAAUAAUGUUAUGCCACCACGGAACUCCACCUUUGAUGUUACACUCUUCAACGCUACCAGCAACGAAACUGCCAUCAAUGCAGUUGUGGUGCUUAUCAAAAUAAAUGCCACAGUUCAAAAAGUCCUCCUGAGAUACAACAAGCUGAACAGCUCCUUGACACUGAAUCCACAGUGCGUCUUCUGGAACUUCACACUCUUCGAUAAUUUUGGUGCUUGGGAUGAUGAGGGAUGUACUUUUGUUUCUGACAUCAACAACACAGUAACCUGCAGCUGUAACCAUCUCACCUCCUUUUCAAUUCUGAUGGCAACGGACAUCCCUCCAUCACUAAGUGAAGCAUUGGAUAUAAUCACUUAUUUUGGGGUAGGGAUAUCUCUGGCAAGCUUAGUUAUAUGUCUUAUUAUUGAAGGAUAUGUUUGGAAAGCUAUUACCAGGAAUAGCACUGCUUUCAUUCGUCAUGUUUCCAUAGUUAAUACCGCCCUGUCCCUGUUGAUUGCUGAUAUCUGUUUCAUCAUCGGUGCCUUUAUAGCUAAGAAUCCCCUUGAGAAUCCUGGGGAGGACUAUGAACUUCCACUUGGACCAUGUAGCACAGCAACAUUUUUUAUGCACUUUUUCUACCUUGCCCUUUUCUUCUGGAUGCUCGUGUCAGGCCUCCUGCUCUUUUACCGGACAGUCAUGGUCUUCUCUUACAUGUCCAAGUCAGCCAUGUUGGCCAUUGGUUUCUGUUUAGGCUAUGGCUGUCCUCUGAUUAUAGCUGUUAUCACUGUUGCUGUCACAGCACCAGGGAAUGGAUACAUCAGGAAAGACAAUGCUUGUUGGCUGAACUGGAUUGAGACAAAAGCCCUUCUGGCCUUGGUGAUACCGGCAUUGACCAUAGUUUUAAUCAAUAUCUUUAUUGUAAUUGUGGUCUUGUUCAAAAUGCUGAGAAGAGGUGUAGGUGAAUCUGCCCAAACAGAUGAAAAACAUACACUGGUGGUCAUUGCAAGAUGUGUGAUCAUUUUGACUCCUUUAUUUGGACUGACCUGGUCUUUGGGAGUGGGGACCAUGGUAUCAUCAACAAGUAAAGGACUCCAUAUUGCCUUUGCAUUCUUCAACUCAUUACAGGGUUUCUUCAUUUUAGUGUUUGGGACACUGCUCGAUUCAAAGACUCGUUCUAUCCUCUUCAGGAGAUUACCUACAACAAGCACUGGCUCUAAUACGACAAGAAGUACAAGUGCUGGUAUUUCUUCUUUAAGUGGAACCAAUUUGAUAAGUAGAAUACUUGGAAGAAGAUAUAUCUACCAUGUCUCACAAGCUGCAAGCUCAAGCAGUAGUGGUGCAGCAGAGUCAUUUGUUAAUAUAUGAAUCAGUGCAACAAUCUGUAUAAUUAAAUGUUUUAUGAAUCAUUCAUAAGAAAUGUCAGAUAUUAUGAGAAUUUUCGAUGCAUAAUCACAGACAUGGUCUUGUUGAAGUUCACUGAGAAGAUAAAAUAAAUAGUGAACCAACAAAUAUGAUAAGCUUUGAAAAAAGGAAUAAAAUGGUGCUGUAUUAAAAAUGAAACAUGUUUGAAGGAAGAUGAUGUCCGAUAAUGAAAAGAUCUAGAAAAGUUACAUGAAUGUAAAAUUUUGUGUUGUAAUAUUGUGAAUUAAACUAUGAAACUAUUGUCAAAA